CACACACACAACAAACAUCCCGAAAACCUUUUGGUGGGUUGCUUAUUUUUGUUCCCUGGAAAGGUUAUUUUUUGGCCCAUUCCCCGGCAGAAACGACGAGGAGGGGCGUAAAAGGAGGCAGGCGGGCGGGCGUGCGGUGUCUGAUUCUACCGUCGAAAUCACCGUCAUCGCCGUCAUCGCCGUGUUUUUUCUUCCCUCCGCGGAUAGUUGUGUGUGGCUUUUGUUGUUAUUGUUGUUGUUGGUUGUGUCUUACCGACGACGACUCUCUCCCACAACAUCACACCGAGCGAGGCUCGAUUUUCGGGUUGAAAACAAAAAAAAACAGACCCUUGGGGGGCAGGUUUUACGCAGCUGAAGUGUGGUGUGAAGAAAAUUCGCGUGCGUGUGUGUGUUUAUACCGCACAGCACGGCAUCGCACAGAGCCAACAGCAGCAGCAGCCGUGUGUUGCAUCUUGUGGAGUCUGCUCACAAGAGAAAGCACACAAACACAACACAGGUAUACGCGUCUCGAUAUCCUCAUCCUAGUUUCCGAGCCGCGUGUGUGUGUGUAUGUCAAAAGGGCGUGAGAAAAUACUGUGUGCCCACACUGUCUGUGCAUCUAGCUUUGGAUCCAGUGGGCCAGCUCCCCAUCGUUCAAAACACACCGAAGAAGCAACAGCAGUGAUACGACUACCGGGGCGCAGCGGCUACUUGGUGUUUGCUGCGGAGUGUGUUAAACUUCUUGCAGGUGGAGCCCUUCACAAAAAGCAACAAUAAUUGCACCACAGCAAGGGCUUUCCUUUACGGGAUAGCGGCGGGUCGAUGGUUGCUGUAGCAACGUGGAGAAUGGCAAGAGCCGAACGCAGGAAGAAGAUGGUAGCGGUGUUCGCACGGUGCUGCUAAUGAUGCCGUGAUCUCUACCCGUGUGUGUGUGUGUUCGUGUGCGUUUAGCUGCGUGCCUGCAGAAAAGCAAAAAAAAAACAUGCAAACUCCAAAAACAAAAAAUUGCAGCUGCAACAACACCGGAUAUAUCCAUGCGUAAAGCAGGAGAGGCGGGAGUGUGGAAGACACACACACACACACGCACAACCGAGAGACGCAGACAGAUAGCAUGUGACGCUGUGUCGAAGGGAAAGUAAGGAAAAGAACAACAAACCACACGCACAAAAGUCAUAGGCUAGACGAAGCAAAAGGAAGCAAAAGAAAAACAAAAACCUUCGGCCGUAAAAGAAGUUGACCGGCGGAUGGGUGCGUGCAAAAUACACAUAAACACACAAACACAAACGCGAUAUUAGCGGGGGAAAAAAUGCCAUUUUCGCCAAGGCUCUCCUCCUGUCGCAUUUUAUUAUAUUUCGCCGUCGGGAAAUAAAAUGCACCUCCAAAUCACCGUCCUCCGUGUCACAACCAGCUUGAACCGAGCGAUCGAUCCGGCCCCAUAAACGUGCAGCCACGCAUCACAAGUGACAAACAAACACAGGCCCGCAGCCAGAGACACAACAAAAACAAUCGAACCGCCGCGCUCGUUCGCCCGCUGUUGUUGGUACUGUAGUGUGGUGGUGCUGCCAUUAGCCGGGAAGUUGUUGCGUACUGCUGGCCGAAAAAUUAAAAAACAAACACCGAUAAACACACCGCCAACACGCGCCGAAAGGAUCGAGGGAAGGACAGGAACAGGACGCGGAGGACGAGGAGCCGUCUGGAGACAGAGCCGAUUGUUUGGUGUCGCUGGAUGGCUGGAUGACGAUACAGAUACACACUCACUCACACCACAGCAAAACAGAAGCCUGCGACAAGGCAAAGUUCAAGGAUACAGGCACAUCCAAGGAUAAAGGCGGUUCUUUUUUGCGUGUGUAUGUGUGUGCCGUACACACGUACUUCACUGUGUGUUUGUGUAUUUCGGUUGGAGAGAAAGGAAGUGGUUUUGUUGUUGUUGUUGUAUGUGCGCGAGUAGCCCCUUGUUACCGGGCGCGUUGUUGCGGGUGCGUCAGAACGUGCGUGUGUGCUGCCGUAAUACCGAGCGACGGACAAAGAAACGAAGCAGCAGCACCGCGAGUGAAUCCGGACGAGAAACCGCCUAGCGAUGGUGCGUCGGACAGUGUAAGCGGUGCUGCGUCCUUGGCAAAUCCUGGACCACUUGUUAGAAGAAAGAAAAGCCAUCUUUGAAAGAAAAGCGUUCAAGUGCGUAUGUGACCGUGUCGUGUGUGCGUGUGUGAGCAAGAUAAAGAGCAUCGCGUUAAUCCUUUCCCGUUUUCCGUGCUUCCAUCCAACACCAGCACAGCAGCGAUCAAAACCUGGGUUCGUUCCGCCCGGCAUCUUGGUCAACGAUCAAAGCGAAGAAAGUGAAAGAAAGCCGACCACCACCACCCACUCGCCCCAUAAAAUUGAAUCGCAAUCAAAUCAAAUUCGGAAAACGGCACGUGACGACGACUCAUCUCACCCCACCCGGGGAUAUCGUGUGUCUGUGUGUGUGUGUGUGGGGGGCUAGGUGCGCGACGGGUGGUGUGGUGUACCGCACAAACAACGUAUCAACCAUGCGGUGGUCACAGCUGUACAGCGGUCCACUUCCAUCCGUUCCGAUUGAGCAUCCGAAGGCGACGCAAUGCAGCAGGAAAUGCAAACCAACGCACGGCACCCACUACUAAGGAAACGGAGACGUCGAAGAAAAAAACAUGCCACAAACGGCCAAGCAAAAGCAGCCGGUAAUAUGCUACGGAUGGCUGGUAGAAGGAAUGCAUUGACCAUAUGAGGCCAGCUGAUGGAACGUCGUGUCGUUCGCGCGAAUGAGCAAUCGAGAGAGACCGUCGCCACCCCACCGACGACGCGCCGUACACACCAACUCUCUGUUCCACGACCGGGCCACCGAACGAGAUUCCGGCCUGUGGUGUGUUGCUCAACCCCCACUGUAAGAUCGAUAUCAGUGUAUGGUCAUCUAGCAACGAGAAGCGUGCCUACGGGAAAGCGUUUUUCGACGCCUUACGAGAAAACAAAAAGGCAACACAAGUAAUUUCGAUUGUAAUAUAGAGCAAAGCACCGUCACGGUUUUAGUGCAUAUCCGCUGAGCGAUAAGAGGUUUUUGGUGUAGUGUGUAAGGCACCACACACUAUUCUAUAGCCGGCACAAGUCCGUGCCCGCACGCGUCAAAGUAAUACGGUGUGAACGUUUUUAAGAUGAUACGGAAAAAUAUGUAAGUGUACCGUGUGGUGUGUACCGGCUACCACGAAUAUGUGGGGUUGUGUGUCCGCCAUCCGCCAAACAAGUCAAACGGCCUCGUGUAUGUACUACACUGGAACACUGCAAGCGGCAAGCGGAGUUUUAAUCGAACCAGGAAGUGAAGGAAACAAACUUUUAAGUGUUUAGUGUAAAACCAACACAUGUGCAAAAGCUAUUUUAAUGAAAACACACCCCCCCCCUCCCGGGAGGACAUAAAAUAUCAGGUGCGGAGUUUUGAAACGUAAGUCAAACGGGAUUGAACCAUUCCAAUUUAGUAGUGUCGUGUGUCGCCAAUCGAGGAAUAUUUGCGUAUUAGUGUCGUUAUUAUACACACGCUUCCGGAGGAACUUUGGUUUAGUGGGAACGAGUUCCUGACGGGGGGGAGAGAGAGAGAGAGAGAAGGUUUGGUGGAACGGCAGGAAAUGAAACAGGAGCAAACGACUACCACCAUGAAGCGUACCGCACACUCGACCCUGCCGGGGAACGAUCCCAGUUGGCAAGUGCCGCACCGGAUCUAUCUCCAGCAGCAACAUCAGCAGCAUCUGCACCAGCAGCAGCAGCAGCAGCAGCCAAUGCAGCAGCGCCCAUUGUUCGAUUACGAGUUUUGGAAGAAUCCGGACGAGUUGACCGAGCUACACUUCCUGAUGCCGAACGGGGUGAUGAUCACGAUGUGCAUACCCAUCCACAUCACGCUGGAGGAGCUGAAGACGGAUGUGUGGGAAGAAGCGGAGCGUUACCCGCUGUACUGCCACCUGGGCGACAAAAACAAGUACUGCUUCAGCACGCUGGCGUCGGGCCGAACGAACUGUAACACGACGCACGAGAAUGAGGCAACGCGGCUGAUGGACGUCCAGCCAGCGCUCGGCAUUUUGCGCUUCGUCGAGCGGACCAACGUGUCGGAGGAUACGAAGCUGAUGGAGAACAUCAGCAUCCUGCUGGAUAGCAAGCUACCGAUGAAGACGCUCGUCAACCCGGAAGUGAACGAUUUCCGCGCGAAGAUGAGCUUGCUGAGCGAGGAGAUCGGCAGCCGGCGGGCGGCGAUGACGCGCAUGGAGCGUAUCGCCUACCAGUACCCGGCCAAGCUGGUGAGCGGCUCGCACGUACCGGACCAGAUCAGUCGGCGGCUCGCGAACGUGGAUGGGCAUUUCUGUGUGGUGGCGAUCAGUACCGACAUGCAGGUGACGGUGAAGGUACCGUGCCGGGCAACGCCGGACGAGGUGCUUAACCGGAUACUCGAGAAGAAGCGUAUCUCGAUGAAGGCCCGGAUGGAUAAUAGCAGCGACUUCAUACUGAAGGUGUGCGGACGGGAAGAGUACAUCUACGGUGCAUACCCGAUGAUCAGCUUCCAGUACGUGCAGGACUGUUUGUCGCGUGACGAGACGCCCACGUUUGUGCCGCGGUUGGUACGGUCGGUGGAGGUGUUCAAGAACGAUAUCUACGACGCGCGGGAUGACUUUACGCAGUGGUCGAGUACGACCGCCACCACGAACACCACGUCCUCGGCGCUGGUGUCAACGUCCAGUUCCGUGUCAACGAUGUCGCUCGUGUCCGUCGGUAAGCACAACAGCAGUAUUGCAAGUACAGGUAGCAGCAGCGUCUACAGCAGCAGUAGUCAAUCGCAACAAUCGCACACGCUGCGCAAGGUGAAGUAUGUCACCAGCUGGGAGGUUGAUACGAAGCUGCAGUGCACGGUACAGGAGAUCCGCGGCCUGAACAUUGAGUCCGACAAGGAGCUGGGCGUGCAGCUGGGUCUGUUUCACGGUGGGAAAUCCCUCUGCAAGACGGCACGGACGCGCACGGUCACCGUGAACAGUGGUAAGGCCGUGUGGAACGAAACGAUCUGCUUCGAUAUCAACGUGAGCAACGUGCCGCGCAUGGCACGGCUCUGUCUGGUGGUGUACGAGAACAUGCGCACGACCAAGAGCACGGGCAUCCGGACGCGCCGCACCAAGGACGGACUGAUCAAUCCAAUCGCGUGGGUCAACACGAUGGUGUUCGACUACAAGAACCAGCUCAAAUCGGACUCGGUAACGCUGUACACGUGGGACUACGCCGAGGACGCCCAGUCGGAGGACAUCCUGCAUCCGCUCGGGACGGUCGAACCGAACCCCAAUCGGGACAACAAUAUGUUCGUGUCGAUGCUGCUAAGCUUUGGACCGUACGGACCGGAAGGGCGCAUCAUCGUGUACCCAGGCGAGGAGGAACUGUUGGCCCACGCCGCCAAGAUGAGCCACCGGAACGAGCAUCUGAAUCGCGAGAGCGCGGAGGAUACGCGCUCGAUCAAAGCGAUCAUGUCGGCGUACAUGUACAACGACCGGCUGAACGAUAUCCACGAGCAGGAUCGUAACGCGAUUUGGGCGAAACGGCGCGAGUGCAUGCUGCAGAUGCCGCAGGGUCUGCCCUGCUUGCUGUACUGCGUCGAGUGGAACAAUCGGGACGAGGUGUCGGAGAUAGUGUCGCUGCUGCAGGAGUGGCCCAAGCUGCUGAUCGAGCGCGCACUGGAACUGCUCGACUACGCGUACGCGGACAAGUACGUGCGCCGGUACGCGGUGGACUGUUUGCGCACGAUCGAGGACGAUGAGCUGCUGCUGUAUCUGUUGCAGCUGGUGCAAGCCCUCAAGCACGAGUCGUACCUGAACUGUGAUCUGGUGUACUUCCUGUUGCAGCGUGCCCUCCACAAUCAGCACAUCGGUCACUAUCUGUUCUGGCAUCUGCGGUCCGAGUUGUCCGUACCGUCGGUCCAGGUGCGGUUCGGGCUUAUACUCGAGGCGUACCUGCUCGGCAGCCCGGAACAUGUGGGUGUCCUGUUGAAGCAGAUGCAGUGCCUGCGCUACUUGCAAAUCUGCUCGGACAACGUGAAGAAGGGCAGCAAGGAGAAGGGCCGGGCACUGCUGAUGGAGCAGCUCGCGAAGGAGGGCCAUCUGACGAGUGAUUUGAUCAGCCCGCUGAAUCCAAGCUUCCGCUGCAAGGCCGUCCGCACGGAGCGGUGCAAGGUGAUGGAUUCGAAGAUGCGCCCACUGUGGAUCGUGUACGAGAACAGCGACCCGAACGGAGACGAUAUACACAUGAUCUUCAAGAACGGGGACGAUCUGCGGCAGGAUAUGCUGACGCUGCAGAUGCUGCGCAUUAUGGACCGCAUCUGGAAGAGCCACGGGUUCGACUUCCGCAUGAACCCGUACAGCUGCAUCAGCACCGACCACAAGCUCGGCCUGAUCGAGGUGGUGCUGAACGCGGAAACGAUCGCCAACAUCCAGAAGGAGCGGGGCAUGUUUUCCGCUACGUCACCGUUUAAGAAGGGUUCCCUGCUGGCGUGGUUGCGCGAGCACAACAACACGGACGAGCUGCUCGCGAAAGCGAUCCAGGAGUUUACGCUGAGCUGCGCGGGGUACUGUGUGGCAACGUACGUGCUGGGCGUUGCCGACCGCCACUCGGACAACAUUAUGGUGAAGAAGACCGGCCAGCUGUUUCACAUCGAUUUCGGCCACAUUUUGGGCCACUUCAAGGAAAAGUUUGGCUUCCGGCGGGAGCGUGUACCGUUCGUGCUGACCCACGACUUUGUCUACGUGAUCAACAACGGGCGGACCGAUCGGGAGGCACAGGAGUUCUGCCAUUUCCAGACACUUUGCGAAGAGGCUUUUCUUAUUCUGCGCCAGCACGGAUGUCUCAUACUGUCGCUGUUCUCGAUGAUGAUUUCUACCGGCCUGCCGGAACUGUCCUCGGAGAAGGAUCUCAACUACCUUCGAGAAACACUGGUUUUGGACAAAACGGAAGAGGAAGCGCGCACACAUUUCAAGCACAAGUUCAGCGAAGCGCUUGCCAACUCGUGGAAAACGUCACUCAACUGGGCGUCGCACAACUUCUCCAAGAACAACCGUCAGUGACAGCAGUCCUAUGCCGGGCGGAACCAUCAAACGAUGUAGUGUAGUGUGUUGGUGGUAGUAGCAGUAGUAGGUAGUUGUAGGAGGGGGAGGGAGCCUGUUGGUGAGAGAGAGGCGAGAGAGAGAGAGGUGCAAGACUUUCCGACCUGGUUGUAGCAGGUUAUCCUGGUAUGUAUACACACACACACACACACACACCGCUCUUCCCCUUUUUCCUUCCGGUGGUGGGUUAGACUUUGAAUUGUAUUCCUUGCUCUUGCCCUUGUAUUCAUGCACCAGUCACUUACAUCCUUAACCGUAUUUCCAAUCUCCAAUGGAAGGAAGAAGCCAACGGCCACGGCCAUGAAUUAAGUGAAACGAGCGAGAGAGAGAGUAGGAAAAUGUUGAUUUUCUGAAGGGCAUUUUCCGGAUUGUACACAGAAUUAUUAAUGUUUCGCUGUGUGGUACAAUGUUGAAGUUAGUGAAUUUUUGAGUUUUAUUUUCAUUUUUGUAUUUCGCCCUAUUUCAUACACAGACAUAUUAUUAUGCUGGGAGCAAUUAGCCCCCACAAGACAUCAGGAAAUUCAUGAACAGAACUCACGGACUCAAUACGGACUCGAUAACGCAUAUACACGCACAUGCAAGAAAGUAUGAAGUUAGGAAGAGAGUAGUAUUAGUAAUAACCGAUUUUUCCCCCCUUUUUUGUCACACAAUCGCUCUAGUGUGGCAGGGCAUAUGGAGUUGAGCAGGACACCGAACAAGGAAAUUACCCGACGCGCGAAGCAAAGGAAACAUGAAAAACAUGAUUGAAUUUUUUUCUCGCUGUACAAUUGAAUAAAAUAGGAAUGAACAAUUUAUAAAAGGGCCGGCUAUACCAUGCUAAAUUGAUUAGCCAAAAUUUGAACAUACUUGGCGCACUCUACCACAUGGUAGUGUUGGAAGCAACAGCCACCGCAAUACGCGCGUAUUCAACCCAGAUAAUUGGUUUUCACUUCCCAAAAUUAGGAUAAAUUAUCCUACUUCUAAGUUACGAAAUUCAAAUAUUUCUUUUCACCUUAUAAUAGUUUCACCUUUUCUGUUUGACGUUUUGGUUGUUUUUUUUUUUUUUAGAACAUGGCGAAGUAAUGCGACGGUUAAAAUGUGUUUCGUUUUUUUUUAAAUCUAGGAACUUAGGUUAAGUCAUUACCCGGAUAUACGUACACGCUUCUUUUUGGUCCCGGCACUACCAUUAAGCGAAGGAAACGAGAAUAAGACUAAGAUAGGAAACAAAAAAACCCGAUAUUGUAUAUAGUAAGGCCAUCCUGUGGGGUGGUCCGUAAAACCUUAACUUAUCUAGCAUCACCUGGUUCCCGGUACAGCUACAUCUCUGUUUUAUGUGUGUGUGUGUGUGUGCGUGCUGUAUCGGCAAAGGGGAGGGGGAUCAUGUAUAUGGGGGGUCCUUCUUUAGCUGUCCUUCCCAAGAGUUUUAUCGACUCAUCAAAGAAAAUGGGGUUUGUGCUGGUUUGCACGCGGUAUGGGAAGUCCCGUACCCAACAACAUUACAUUACCAUUACAUUACCUGCGCGCGUGUAUGUAUGUGUGUGUGUGUGUGAGAGAGAGAGAGAUUGUAUGUGUGACACAUUUUUAAUUCAACUCUAGAUACUAAGCAUUUUAAAUUCGUUCGUUUAAAAGCCACUAAGCUAAGUUUGUUUUAUCUGUAUACGAACAUUGAACACAUGUAAAUGUCAGGAAACGGAUACAGGAAGGAGAGAGAUGAGAGAGCGGAAAGGGAGGACAUGAAUUUGUAACUACGCCAAACAAUAUCAUGCGAUGUGAGUUACGGUGCGCCGCUUUAUAGGUGCAUUAGACACCACUACUACUGAGGUGGAAGAAGCGCGCAAUGGCGUGUAAGAAGAGUUGUGUGUUCGUGUGUACCUGUGUGGUGGUUCAUCUUCUUCAUGUACAUAAUUCAGAACCAAGAAAAGGCAACCCGAGGUACCGAGUUUUUUUUUGGUUUGUUUUGUACGGUUGAUUAAAAUAUGUGUAUCGUAGGGCAAUAUUAUAAUAUGGUCACGGUGACGUCGACGCAUAACGGUGUUGACGAUGCAACCCCCCCCCCCCAGAAUGUUCCACGUUUCGUUCACAUCCUUCGGCGGCGUGUGUUCACGGGUGGGCGUGAUUUUGUAAAUUUUGUGUUUUGUGAUUUUCUCAUCUAUCAUCUUCGAUCGUUGCAAAGCAUACGGAUCCUAGAUAGCAGCUUCUAGCACGACCACACAUAUUUCUUAAGCCUGAGCUCCCGAAAGCCCUCUUGCCCCGGGUAUUCCCGGGGGUAGAGGGGUCGGCGAGAUUUCGAAUAGAAGGGUUGGGACAGAAUCUUGUGAAUAGACUGGGCGCGCCCCAUUUCUGAGGAGGGGAGUAGUAGAUGUUUUCCAUGAGGACAAAUUUUUCUACACAAACAUCGAUAGGGAGAAAGAGGCCCUGCAAAACUUAGGAAUGAACAUAUGAAUCGGAACAAAUGGCGAAUGGUGAGAUAUUGAACACUUUGGAUUUUAUAGAGUUGUCACGCCUACGAAAUAUGACUCCUAUCUUAUCGCAACUGUAGUAGCAAGAUGAUAGUGUUUCCACGGCGAGAAGCCAUGAUUCCCACCAAGAAUAUGUCGGCUCCUCUCCCAAAUGGCUCUCUUUUAGGGAGCAUAUCCAUCGCUUGCUGAGAGUUGCUGAGACAACUUUUCUGUCUGUAAACGUAGUUUUCUGUUCCUGUACUACCUUUAGCCCUUUACUCUAUUACUAAUUUCAAUUCGUAUACGUUUUGUGUGCGUGCGAUAUGGCGUGGAGCGAGGUGGGUGGGUGUGGAAGAACAAUGUGCCUUUUUCAAACGUUUUCUGAAUCAAGUAGAUGUUUAGAUUUUAUCGACCUUUUUUUCUUUGUGGUUCUUAAAUUUUCUCAAUGGCGCGAAGUGUGUGUUUUGAUAUUUUGGAUCUCCAUUCUCCAUUUGUUUGUCCGGUUCAUAUACACGUGGCAUGAAUUUGAGGCAGACGACAAUAUGGACAGAUGUCAAAGGAUGUAUGGGACGGCAGGAGUGUGUGAUAUCUGUAAUAUGUAAAGAUUGCAAGGAAAAAUUGUAUAGGCACAAAGCAUGUUGAAAAAGAAAAGAAGUAUGUGAAAGACUCUCACAUGCAGAUAUUGCGUGGAACGUGAUGCGAUCGGGUAUUUAUCUUCGAAGAUGUGUAGAAGACGAGAGAUCGCUGUUCACUUCCUGACCCAUGCAUUUAUAGAAACCAAGUAUGUUCUCACUUUUUCUACUUUUUUUAAAAAAAAGAUUUUGUAUGUUUUUCGUUGACCUUUUCCUGCCAACCUCCAACCCGUGCUGAGCAAACGCGAUCGUGUGUCAUGUGGACGAGCUUUUACACGCUAUACGAUGAGCUCUGGUCCAUCUGACCUGAUCUGAGUCUUUAGGCCCCGUCCAUGUGGAGAGAGUGAUGGAUGGAGUUGAGACGUGUCUCCUCCAGAAUGACCACUCGGGAUAUCGGGUUGGUAGGCGAUGACUCUACACGCGAGACUUCUACUAAACAAGUCAAGUCCAGUGGCGGAUUAAGCUAAAGGCGCGAAGUUGGUGGCUGCCAGGGACCUCGUUGGUCAGAAAAACCCUGUUAGUCUUACUAUACAAAUUAGAGCUAGAAGAACCGAUGAACAGUGGGCGGCCUCGUAUAAGGGGUCUUGUAUAAGGGGUCUCUUAUAAGGGGUCUCGUAUUAGAGGGCCCGUCUCUAAAGCCCCACUGGGUUUUGCUGAUAUAGGGGGACUGGAAUUCUUGAUCUACCACCGGGUCAAGUCCAGUGCCCUAUGCAGCGCACAGCCACAUACAGUGAUGGACAAUAGAAUAAGACCGCUUCUAUACCCGAUUUUCAAACGACUGCUUUCGAUAUUUCUAAAAGGUAUAAUCAAACAAAACUUAGGCAAAAGCAUCCUCAACGUCUUAGGUUUUUGUUUCCAUUUUAGUUUUUUUUUACAAAAUGAAUUUCUCAAAUUAUUUAUUUAUAAUUCCAGUAUUACGGCAUGACGCCGUAUUGUCAGUCAGUAAAUUUGUCAAUUUCUCAAAUUAUUGAGUAAAAAAAUGUGACACAAAAAAAAUCUAACUGUUUUGAUAACAUACCUAAACUAUGUGAAGGUUGAAAAAUAUUAAGAGAGGAUGUCCAGAACUAUAUAAAAAAAGUUCGAUUUUUAAGUGUGAUGAAUAGGCCCAUUUUAUUGUAUAAUAUGUUUUGAGGGUAACAAAAAGAUACUUAAAAUUGAUAUCGGUUUUGAUGAUAAAAACGUUUUGCGAAUAUCUGUAAUUUUUUUUUUAAAUUGACACCAUUACCUCAGUUUUACGAUUUGAAAACAUCAAGUGGUCUUAUUCUAUAUUAUCCAGCACUGUGCAUGCCCCAAGGUCAUCCUUCUCUUGCAAAUAUGAUCAGCUCAUAUCUCCACGCAUUUACACCGUUGUGUUGUCACAAUCACUUUGACGAAGUGAUUCUGCACUGAGUAAUGGGUGCGCACAGCACUUCCUUUAUAAUACGUAUGUGUUUGCUUUAAGGAAUAGGAUAAGAAUGUAGCAUGUCUUUUGUGUCCUGUAGUUGCUAAAGGUGUAGUGGUCGGUCAUGUAAAAUUUCGCAAACCUCCUUCUUCAAUAGUCGGACAGAGGCCCCCUAACACGGGACAAAAACGCACCUUCCGUUGGUAGAGAACGAGCAAAUUAUUCAUUUCCGAGGUGUGACGAUAAAGACGAUCGAUCAUGUUCGUGGUAGUACACCGGUGGACAGGAAGAAGCAAAGGAAACCAUUAUUCCGACUAUUAAACUGUUAUUUGGAAAAAAAUAAUUGUAAGAAAGGGAGUAAUCCCUGUAAUCAAAUUGUGAAAAAAUACAUACGUACACACACACACACACACUCACUUAUCAGCAAGCUAAGCAAGCGAUACUAGCAACAAGACUAGGAAUCGGCUGUGAAACACCGGCAGUGGCGGUUCGUGCGAUUUCAUUAGUGUGUGUGUGUGUGUGUGUGUGUGGAAAUGAAAGUGAUGGUGACUAUUUUUUAACUAAGCGGGAACCUAAGCGAGGAAAGGAUUAAGUGAUCGGAUAAUGGGUGGAGAAACAAAACAAAAAGGGCAGGAUAACGAUCCUGUUUAUGAAAGCAUUGUAGUAGUUGGUAAUACAGAGUAGGUUAGUGUUGAAAAGCCUAGUGCGUGUGUGUGUGUGUGCGUAUGCGUAUUAGUUUUAUCAUAUUAUUUUUAAGGCUACUAAUAUAACAAGCUAGCGAUUAAAGUACUGUAGCAGUAAGUGAUCUCCAAUUGUGACUAAUAUUAAACGCUUAAAAAGGAAAUGACGUAUGUUUUGUACGCACACACACACACAUAAACACAAAUAGGUAGAAUGGUCUCCGUGUGCGAUCGAGAUUGAGAUUGAUUUAUAAUACACUCACACACACACACACACACAUACACCCACACAUCUAUAAGUAAACAGAAAAGGAUCUUCUCGCCCUCCUAUGUAUGUGUGUGCGUGUGUGGGUGGAUGGAUAGAUGGAUGCACGAAAGAUAAGGAGACACACACACACACACCACAACACUGCGAACUGCGCAAGAUGGCGUGACAUCGUCUACAGGGAUAAGGAAUAAGGAUAAGGAUAUAGGCGAGUAAGGAUAGCAGUCGAGCAAAAGAAAAAUAAGAAAUGAAGGGAAACCGAAUGAUAUAUACAGAAAGUAGCGCGAAUGGCGACGGAGCAAAAGAUUAUUAUAUGAUGGUGUGUAAGAAGGCUGGUACACUGAGGAAGAAAACAAAAAAACCUUAGAAAAACAUAUUAAUCUAAAACCGUAAAAUCAUUCAAAUAAAUUGUAUUACGAAUGCGCAGAUUCGAUACGAGCGCACACACAUCAGAGAGAAAAGGAGAGAGAGAAAGGGAGAGGAGUGUUGGAGAGCACACGUGGACGAAGACGGUUUGUUAAGCGACGGUUUAAUGUAAUUAUAGAACAUGGUGUGUGCAUGUGUGCGGGUGUGCCCUAUCAACAAGAUUCUACAUUAAAGUAUAAAACAAACAAAAGUAAGAAACAAACACACACACAAACACAGCAUAUUACUAUAUUACAACACAUCCAUCAAAAUGAGUAAAAAAAAAACAUUAAAUGUCAGCUUAGGAAAGAAGAGAAGUACAGGAAGAGUAAAGACAAAAAAACGCAA